CCCAAGUUAGGGGAGGAAACUACAUAUGGGAACAAGGAAAGGAUUCGAGGGAUGGACGAAUGUUUGGAAUUCCGUUUCCGUUAUAGUGAACGUUGAUUCGAACAGAACGUGACAUAUCAAUUUAAUUCAGAGAUCUACUAAACGUGUAACUUUACUUUUUGAUUGUACCUUUGAGUUUUGGUUAAAUGUGAUCAUGGCUUCUUCGCCGUCCUCUCCCAAAUCGCCGACUACUCCGAAAUCUCCCUCUUCCAGAAAAAAAGAUGACUCGUUCCUGGGAAAAUUUGGAGGAACUUUAGUAAGAAGAAAGAAAGCAAAAGAAGUGUCUGAGCUCCAGGAGGAAGGGAUGAACGCCAUCAACCUGCCCCUGAGCCCCACCCAAUAUGAACUGGACCCAGAGGACACCGUGUUAGAGGAGAAUGAGUUUCGCACCAUUGUUGACCCCAACUCCAAGAACGACAGCAAACUACAGGAACUCCAGAAGGUGCUGAUCGACUGGAUCAAUGAUGUGUUGGUAGGAGAGAGGAUCAUCGUGAAGGACCUGGCUGAGGAUCUAUACGACGGGCAGGUUCUGCAGAAACUCUUUGAUGAGGAACAAUUCAAAUCCCCUAUUGAGAAGCUGGAGGGGGAGAAGCUGAACGUGGCUGAGGUGACCCAGUCGGAGAUCGCCCAGAAGCAGAAGCUACAGACGGUUCUGGAGAGGAUCAACGACUCCAUCAAGAUCUCCGCCAGGAGCAUCAAAUGGAACGUGGACUCUGUACAUGCUAAGAGUAUAGGGGCCAUUCUUCACCUGUUGGUGGCGCUGUCUCAACACUUCAGAGCACCAAUCAGACUUCCUGACCACGUGUCCAUCCAAGUAGUGGUGGUUCAGAAAAGGGAGGGAAUUCUUCAGUCCCGCCAGAUCCAGGAGGAGAUCACAGGCAACACAGGGGCUUUGUCUGGGAGACAUGAGCGAGAUGGUUUUCACACCCUGUUUGACCAUGCUCCAGACAAGCUCAAUGUGGAUGAAAUAGACUCUCAUCACCUUUGUGAACAAACACUUGAACAAGCUCAAUCUGGAGGUGGCUGAACUGGACACACAGUUUGCUGACGGUGUUUACCUGGUUCUGCUGUUGGGACUGCUGGAGGGCGACUUUGUUCCGCUCUACAAUUUCUUCCUGACACCUGAGAACUUUGACCAAAAGGUAUGUUCACAUUUACUCUCCAUUUUGCUAAAUUGUAUAUGUUCUAUGUGUGGUGCACUUUAAUUACAGUGAACACACUAGUUUCAUACAUUUCCAGCAAAUGAUGAUUUUAUGGCCCUAAUUGUUGAAAAAUCCAUUGGAAUAAAACAUAAUUCAAUCAUUUGCACCAUUGUUAAAUUCAA